GCGCGGGCGGGCGGGCCGUCCCGCGGUCCGAUAUAAGGAGGCCCCCGGCGGGAAGUUUUCUCCACGUCGAUCCUCGGACGGGACGCUUGACUGCACGACGACAAUGGCCCGCGCCUCUUUCCUGUGCGCAGUGGUGUACCGGCUGCUGAGCCUGGUGGCGCUGUGGGCGCUGGUGUUCGUGGUGGCCGAAGGACGCUACCUGCCGACCAGGUCCGGUGACGAGCUGCGCGGGGAACGCCUGCGGGAGCUCAUACGGACCUUGUUCGAGAGGGCCGAGCUCGAGAAGGCGGCGGGCCUCUAUCCGUAUGCCGGCGACGGCCGUAGCGGCAUCCUCAGCGCUCAAGAUUGAGGAACGCUGUCACGGUUGUUGCCAGCGGUGCGGAAUCCCCGAAGAAGCCACCCCUGAUUGAGAAUAAACAUUCUGCAGCCGCCUUCUACGGGCGGCGAAUGACAUUUUAUCCGUGUGCGGAGUCCAUACUUCGACGAGCUUGAAUUUCCUGGGGGGAAGAGAUCACUGGCGAAGCAUUAUCCCCCGUCACACCUCCCUUCCGAAGUCUGCUUGACGUGCCCGCCCACGGUGGGGUCUCUGCGGCUGAGGCGUCCCGCUGCUCAACAAGUCGUGGGUUCGAUCCCCCGCCGCUGCGGCCGCACUGUGGCGGGACCGGAAUGCAAGAAAUUUACCACGCCCUCUUCACUCAAUCCGCGCUCUCAGUAGAUUUCCGUGGCUUGGAUACUUCUCCUCUGAUCACUAGAAAUUAAAAAGUGCUUUAGAAACCCA